GGCAUGGCGAGUGACCCUUUUCAAGUUAAUCUUCAUCCCAAUGCAAGUCCCUGUUCGAAGCAUCAGUCUUGCGUUCUUCCUGAACCGUACAUGUUCUAAAGAAUCGACCUUUCGAGCGUUCUCAUCAUCUCCGUCUCCAUCAAAUUACUCAACCCAGGCUCGUGGCGGCCUCCCUCGCUUCUAUUCCGAAAUCCUCCCUUCUUCCAAGGGUAGUGUUGUUCGUGUCAAAGGAGAUGAGUUUUGGCACAUGACUAGAGUUCUAAGAUUGACCAUUCAUGAUAGGGUAGAGCUAUUUAAUGGAAAAGGGAACUUAGUUGAAGGAUGCAUACAGGACAUUGAUCAAUCUGGACUGAAAAUUGUGGCUCUAGAAAAUCCCAAGUUGGUAUCACCUUUGGAGACUCAAUGGCAUGUCUUUGCUGCUUUCGGAACUCUAAAGGGAGGUCGCGCUGAUUGGCUUGUAGAGAAAUGCACUGAGCUGGGGGCCCAUAGCAUUACACCACUGUUGACAGAACGGUCUUCUUCUCUUUCAGAAAAUCGUGUGGAGAGAUUAUUACGUGUCAGUUUGGCUGCAUCCAAACAAUGUCAGCGGCUGCACGAAAUGAGUUUUAACCCUCCUAUUAAAGUUGCUCAGCUGUUGCCUCAUGUCAAAGCGUCGCCGUUAUCAUUUAUUGCGUUAGCAGAGGCAGCACCAGUUUUUAGUGCCUUGAAUUCCCGAAGAAAAGAAUCGUCUGGAUUAUUGGUAAUAGGACCGGAAGGAGAUUUCACUGAGAAUGAGAGGAAAAUGAUAGUUGAAGCAGGUGCAACUGCAGUAGGUCUGGGGCCACAUCGCCUACGAGUUGAAACUGCCACAGUGGCACUUUUGGGAACUUUGAUGUUUUGGGCAGACAAUCAGUGUCAACUAGCCAACAGUUAGCAGAACUUACAAGGCCUGCCUAUGUAAGGGAUUUCUUUGUUGGGCUUGUAAAUUUGGGAUGGCUUGGUUUAUACUUUUCUUGAAGCUUUAUGUUCUCAUUUGGUGGUAUGUCCUGAAUUAUGAACUCGAAAUGUAGUUGCUCACCUUAGGAUAGAGCUUGCAGUCUCUUCGUCUCGUUUUUCUUGCUUUUCUUUAAUCAGACACAACACUGUUUUUAUAUCACACACAAAUCUCUUAUCAUGCAUAAAGAUUUGUUUAAAAUGUUGUGGUUAUUUUGAUAUUAAACUCAAAAAAUUUCAGGAUUAGGCUGGACCUCCCAUCUCAAUCCCUUUGAUCAAGUCUGAAGCUGCAACUGAAGGGACUUUUAAAGUAUUACCCAUAACAUAAAAUGUAUAGAGAGAGGCCAGUUUUGUUGUCAAGUGGAGUUAAAUUAUAUAAACAUGACAGAAGAGGGAAGUUAAGAAAAUGAUCAAAAUCAAAGCUCAAGAAUGUACUGGCAGACUGGCAGUAAUGAUCUAAGAGGGUAUCAUUAUUUUUUUUUCUAAUUGUCUCGCAUAUAAAUAAAAACGUGUUCUACAUUGGCGUCUUUGUUUUUUUAUGUCUCAUUUUCUUUUUAUAUUAUAGUUGGACAAGUGAAAUUGUGUUUUGAGGUUCUUUUAGAAGACAG